GUUUGUGUUUGUUUCUUUUGUCAUUGCAUAGUUACUCUGUUCAUGGACCCAGGCAUGAAGAAUCUAUAAUGAAUCUAAUCCAGAAGGAAGUGGAGAAAUGUGACUCUUUCAGUGGUUUUUUCAUCAUAAUGAGCAUGGCUGGGGGCACAGGAUCAGGGUUAGGAGCUUUCGUUACACAGAAUUUACAAGAUCAGUAUCCAAACUCAUUGAAAAUGAAUCAGAUUAUUUGGCCUUAUGGAACUGGUGAGGUUAUUGUUCAGAACUACAACUCUAUCUUGACACUUUCUCACUUGUACCGAUCUUCAGACGCCCUCCUUGUUCAUGAGAAUGAUGCUGUCCAUAAGAUCUGUGCAAAACUGAUGAAUAUCAAGCAGAUCUCCUUUAGCGACAUCAAUCAAGUCCUGGCACAUCAGCUGGGAAGUGUGUUCCAGCCUACUUACUCUGCAGAAAGCUCAUUUCACUACAGACGAAAUCCACUAGAGACGAGGUUUCACCAUGACCAGGAUGGUCUCCACCACGUCCAGUCAAUUUUUUUUUUUUUUUUUUAG